UUACUUCGAGACAAAACAGGAGGAGACUAGUUUUCAACAAAAAUGUCUUCCCCACGGUUGCAAACAACGAUGGAGAACCCAACUCUUGAGCUUAAAAUCAUAUCAGCCACUGAUGUCAGCCAUAUCGAUGCUACGGACAAGGUGGACGUGUACGCUGUCGUUUCAAUGAAAGGCGACCAUACUCAAACGAAACAAGCAGCCAAAACACCUAUUGACUACGAUGGUGGUUUCAACCCGACGUGGAAUCACACUAUUAAGUUCUCCGUCAACGAGAAAGCAGCGUGUGAGGGUCUAUUAACCAUCUACGUCAAGUUAUUUAGCUAUUGGCUUGAAGGAGAGAACGACCUUUACUUGGGAGAAGUCAACGUCUCUGUUCAAGAGCUUCUUGCCUCAAAUCCACCGUUUGCUAACGGUAACGUCAAUAAAAUGAAGUUGAUAACUUACCCUCUCAGUUUCUUAGGAGAAACAAAACCUAAUGCAAAGCUGUCUCUCUCAUACCGGUUUAAACCGGUUAAGGAUCCCUAUCCUUCGACACCGGAUUAUUUAUCACCGUUUAGGCAACCUAUAUACCCAAACCCAGAUCCAACAGGAUCAUGUCAGCCAGUCAUAUACUCCCCUCAGUUACAAACCGCCACGGUGACAAAACUAGCCAUAGAGCUCGUGAUCAAAUGCGCCAAGGACAUAAAGAAAGUCAACGUCUUCGACGAAAUGCAUGUAUACGCUUCGGUUACAAUCCGUGAGGGCAAGAAAAGAGUUAAGCAUAGGAGCAAUACACCUAAAGCCUUCUCCGCUUAUCAAAACCCUAAGUGGGAUCACCCCGUCAAGUUUUCACUCGACGAGGCAUUAGCUCGAGACGGCCGUUUGUUUCUAUUCGUUGAAUUAAUGAGCCACCGACCGAUUUUAGGAGAUAAGCAUAUUGGAGAAGUCAACGUCUCGAUUCAGGACCUUUUGAGAUUGAGUCCUCCGUUAACAAAAGGUGAUGGUAACGGCAUGAUGUUGGUGACCGAGGAUGUGUCAACUUCUUCUGGCAAAAAAGGGACAUUGAGCUUCACAUUUAAGUUUCUUAGGGAACAAGUUACAGUUCCCAAGCCUUCACCAUCCAUAAACCCUCAACCAUUUAUUAUGUAUCUACCCGUCUCGCAUCAAGGAGCCUCGGGUUAUGUCACUGUUCACCCAGGAGCCCAUGACGGGUCAAGCAAUGGUUUAGUACCAAUUUGUAUGGCACCUCCUUAUCAGCCACAUGGAUACUAUUCACCACAUCAGCCGCAACCGCAUACACAUCAACAACAACAAUCCCAGCUACCACCAGAGAAGUCGCAGUGUCGACCACUCUAUGAUACACAACCUCAUUCAUACCAGUCAUAUGGAAACCAACAAUAUUCACCACUCGAACAACAUCCACAACAUCAAAUCCACAUGCCACCUCAACAUCCGACAGAAGCACAGGCGCAAACUGAAGGCGCGAGACCACAAGUGAAGCCUCAAGGGGGUACCAUGGCAGCGAUAGGAUUAGGGGCAUCGGUUUUGGGACGAGUAGUAGCUGGAGCCUUAAUAAGUGACAUGAUGUCCAGUGAAGCAAACAUAUACGAAGGUGCGGCUUGAAGGGUUUGGUUAAUUUACUGCAUGUGAUGAAUCCU